AUGGGCAAGAUCACCUUCUACGAGGAGAAGAACUUCCAGGGUCGCUCCUAUGAGUGCAUGAGCGACUGCUCGGACAUGACCACCUACCUGAGCAAGUGCAGCUCCUGCAGGGUGGAGAGCGGCUGCUUCAUGGUCUACGACCGGCCCAACUACACAGGAAACCAGUUCUUCCUGAGGAGAGGGGAGUACUCCGACUACGGGACUUUUGGCAUGAGUGACUCUAUCCGAUCCUGCCGUUUAAUUCCUCAGCACCGAGGCUCGUACAGGAUGAGGAUCUUCGAGAGGGAGAACUUCCAGGGCCAGAGUCACGAGCUGCAGGACGACUGCGACAACAUCCAGGACCGCUACCGCAUGUCCGACUGCCAGUCCUGCAACGUGCAGGACGGCCAGUGGCUGAUGUACGAGCAGCCGCACUACAGAGGCCGCAUGAUGUACAUGACUCCCGGGGAGUACCGGAGCAUGAGGGAGGUGGGAUACAGCGGCAUGAGGCUCAGCUCCGUCAGGCGUAUAAUGGAUUCCUGCUGA